CAUGGUAAGAAAAUCACAAGGACGCAUGAGGAUCCUUUUUUACGUUUCCAAUUUGGAAGUGACGGCGACCUCAGACGAUGGGUGGACAACACUCUGAGGUAUAAAACGAACAAAAAGGCUCAAGAGGAGUACAGAAGAGAACUAGACAAACUGGUCGAAGAAAAGCGGGAAAUUAAGGAAAAACGCAGAAUCGAAGACGAAGAAAGCAUCCAAAAACAGGGAUGGUCGACUGAAAACACUUUAAAACAAUUGGAGGCUGAAGGGAAUGUUAAAUCAACUGAUAAAAAUAAUAAUGGAAAAAAAUCUAAUCUUAAUAAAGCAAAAAAAUACGAUCCUGUUUUCUACCCUUGUAAAAAUGUGUACACUGGUUCAAAGAACAGAAAACUCUCUCCCUUACUUGAAGGUAAGGAAAAUGGAAUUGAGUUGGUGCCUCUUUUGGCCAAACAAAGACGAUUUCCUUUGAAAGUUCCCCUCGAUUCAACAGAUGUAACCAAUCAGAAAAAAAAUUAUCUAUCAUCGCUUUGGCAUCGAGAAGGCUCUGCGUAUUUGCGUGACUUAACACAGCAAAUAACCGAUAAGCAAAACAAACAAAAGGAAAUGAAAGCUGAAGACGAUGAAACUUAUCGACAUCAUUUUGACACGUGGAAUGGAUUCUGGGGAAGGCCAGGACAUGGUGCCCCCAAGUCAACGGUCAAGAAACAGAGACUGGAUCGACUGCUUUAUCCUCAAAUGGUUCCCAUCAGUGUGCACUAA